CUGGGAUUGCAGUCGAGACCGGCGGACGGACCGAUUGGCGAACAGGUGCAGGAGACGCUCAGUUUCAGGGCCCCCGAGGCUCUGCCGCCUGAAUCAGACGCCCGUAGAGUGGACUCGAUUUUCUGCUUCCUCAUCUACGUGUCCAAUCACAGGGACCUCUUGUGAAUCUGUGAUUCUGUGAGCUCGAAGAUGCUUGUUUCUGCAGCCUUCGUCCUCGAGGACGUGACUGCGCUGUCUCGCCCAGCUCUGUAGACCCAGCUCGGACUCUCACUCUGGUGAAAAGUCGAAGCCUUGCAAGAUCGAUUCACGCCGUCAGGGAAUUCGAAGUGAGAGAUUCAGAGAGCAGAUUGCAGCCUGAGAGGGAGAGGGAGGCAAGGAAAUGAAACCGUUUGCCGAGAAGUUGGGCCCCCUGUUCAUAUCGGGGGAUAUGCCCGCGAGCAAAAUGUUAGCAGCGCCGCCGGGGGAUCAGCGGUACGAGAGCCCGAGCUCGAUGCCGAGUCCGAGUCCGAGUCCGCUCACUCCGACGGCGACGUGGUUCGAGGUCCGGGUGCUGUACCUGAGGGUGAGCUCGUGCCCGUGUCAGAAAGCUCCCGAGUCUCUGAGCAUGAGGUACCCGCCGCGGUGCAUCAGCACCGCUCUGGAAGUGAAUGGCGCAAGGGUGGCGCCCUCGGAGGAGGCGGUGGUGGUUCUGCGCCGAGACAGGGUCGACCCGGGGUCGAGAGAAGUGACGUACGUGAGCACGGAGAAACUUCGUGUGAGCGGGGACGUGUCGUUCGAGGUGUUGCACAAGGGAGAUCUGCUGCUCUCCGGGUCGCUCAGUCACUCGAGCUCCUGCACGGACCUUCUGGUGCACGAUGAUCUGGAAUCGCCCGGUGGGUCCUCGCAGUGGAGCAGCAGCUCCGACUCCCAGUUGGGCUGGAAUAUGGAUUGCACAUGCUCCAUCGAAACCGACGGGUGCGUUUUCCUCAAAGCCAGACACGACUUCCGGCUGGCCACUCCUCCCACCAUGGAACUGUGCGUGGUGGGGCACUACUGCGGGCGCCCUGUCAUUCUGGACCAGAGUGUCACUCUGAUCGUUCGCCGACGAAGCAUGCGUCGGAGGCUCAGCAAUCUGAACGUCAUCCUCGAAGAAGAUGAAGUCGCCCGAGUUGUGGCCGAGGAGCCUUCUCCACCCCACCGACAGCUGCUGCUGAGGGAUGUCGCGGAGAAUGCUCUGUAUCCCGCGUUGCCGGACAAAGCUUUGGAGAGGCUGGAAUCGUACUACUCUGCGGAGAACUCCGAUGCAGGAUAUAGCGAUGCGGAGGAUUCAGACCUAUCCUGGUUCAAUGCCGGUGUGAGAAUCGGAGUCGGCGUCGGCAUGGGUAUGUGUGUGGGAGUGGGUAUAGGUGUGGGAUUAUUGGUACGCACUUACCAGUCUACAUCCAGAUCUCUCAGGCGAGGAUUACUGUGAGUCGAAUUGGGCUCAGAUGUUUUAGGACCGACAGUUGUGAGAGGUCGAAACUGGAAGGGGUUGGCGCACCGAAUUCGUACAAGCAUGUGCUUUGAGCUGCUCACUGAGCAGCACACUUGGUUCUGGAGCGUAGUAGAUUUGUCUUUUCUCCAGCUUCGGUGAAAUGACAUUUUUUUUGUUAGUUACUUUAAUUCUGCUCUGCACUGCAACACGCGAACAUGUGGAGCGGUAUUUGUACAGGAGCAUAUUUAUUUAUUAGAUACUGAGGUGCAAUUUUUAUGGACAGCAUAAGUUGCUUCCAGCGGGAAAUAGUAGGAAAAGUAAAUAGUGUAGGAUGAACAUAGUGGCGGAUGGUUUGGUUAGCUGCAGUUUUGACUGCUACGAGAAGCUGUGGUAGCUUGAAUAGGAGGUUUACCACAUGUGGCUGCAUACACGAAAGUUUUAGCACCGGUGUCUGUCGAGGCCUUUGAGCAGUCAGCUUGUCAGUGCAGGAUUGUAGAAACUGCAUGGAUAUGUGCGAGUAGGAAAAAUCCUGGAGCUUGGUGCCUGCACUUUGCGUCGCAAAGUUGCAACAAAAGCUGUGCAUAAGAGAUCCUGAGAGUCAACUCGAUCUUCUCAAAUAAAGUUUAUGUACAUACAACAGCAGC